AUGGAAGCCAACGCUCUCCUCUGUGGCCUCAAGUGGCUUGCCGAGUAUCAACGCGAUAAAACGAUCCAGAUAUUUGGUGACUCGGCUCUUGUGAUUGCAUUGGCUACUGGGGCGAAUCGAGUUCGUGCUCUCAAUCUACGCGAAUCUACGGUCGGACCUGGACUAUUACAGGAGUUCGCACGUCGUGGCCCGUCGGCAUACCAGCACCAGUCCACCCCGUGGCUCUUGGCUACCCUUCGGGCGUCCCGAUCUGUCCCCACGGAUAUUGCUUUGACCAGUGGCGUUCUCGAUGGUCACUGUCUCAACAUCAAGGCGAGAGACCUAUUGGGCUCCGCCCCAACUCCACUACACGUCGACACUACGGCCCGUUCAGAACGGUCUCAGUUCGACACCGCCAUUCGGCGCGAGUGCUUCAUCAACGGUAUUCGACGAUGCGUACCGCUUGGUGUUUUUCGUGCCUUUCAAGCUGUCGCUACGCGUCACCACUUAGCAUUUCCAAUCAAUCACGUUUUCCUUUGUCCGGGCCCGGGGAAAUUGACGAUACCGCACGUUGACGCUCAACUUAUCAGUGCCAUUAUUCGGAUACCGCACGUGGGCAUUGCGGGCGCGAUGCGCUUGUUCCGCGGUCAAACGUCUCAUGACGAUCGGCCCAACAAAGCUCUCCGCACCCAGCUAUACAGAGCUCACUUGGCGGGUUACCCGGACUUACCAUUGCUUUGCAGCAUAGCUGAACGUGGGGUUGUUCCGCACUGGCAUACACCUGCGCAAAGCGGUGUACGACCACCUCCGGCCAACUACCCGAGUGCAGAAGACGGCGCCGACGUCGUUACCCAUCGGCUAUUGAAGGACUACUACAGCGGACGCUGCAUCAUUGCCACUGCAACGGAUCUCCUGGCGGAUCCCAGGUUCCAUUCGAGCGCGUUCGCUCUGGUUCCAAAGAAGGAUAUUCCGCUGUCCGUCGACGGACGUACUAUCCACGAUCUGUCGGCUCCUAAAGGGCUAUCUGUGAAUGACGCAACCAACUCGGAAUUUACGCCGGAUGCUCGCUGGGAUCCGUAUUGCGCCAUUGCGCUUCGUAUUCUAGAUCUCCGAACGAGAUACCCAGGUUGCUCGAUAUAUGCGCUCGUAGCUGACAUCGCAGACGCCUUUCAUCACGUGCCGGUGCACGAACGCCAUGCGCCUGCAUUCGGGGUCAUUAUACCUCGAUCGCAUAUUGGGAUCGUAUCUGGGAUGGCUGUCUUCGGAUGGACAGCUUCGCCUGGAUUCUUUGCGGUCAUGGGCAAGGCAGCAAGGCAUUAUCAACGAGCCGGAUGCUCUUAUGUGCUCGGAUACCCAGAACCGUUUUGGAUAUUCCAGUGGGUGGAUGACAUAGUUCUCGUUGAGGUAGAUAUCGGUGAUAGACUACUACGUGCGGAGCGCAGACUGAGAGAUGCAAUUAAGCUCGUGUUUGGGUCUGAAGGCUGGCAUGAGGGCAAGUUCCACACAUGGGCACAGCGAGUCCACGCAGUCGGCAUUGACUGGAACAUCCCCGAACUCACGGUCACAAUUCCGCAGAGGAAGAUCGACAAAACAAAGGCGGGUCGUAACCGAGGCGCUGGCGAAGCGAUUUGUCACACAAAAACGACUUGA